CCGGGAUUCCCACUUCUGAAACUUCAUCUACUUGUUGUCCAGUAUCAUCGUCCCCAAUCUUUAAAAUCCAUGAACCAAACUUUUCAGUUUUCAAUGUCACUCUUUUCAUCAGGAGCAGUUGAAAGUAAUCUCAUAUUCUUCGCGAGAUGUCGAAGUGCACAAUCACUCCAAAGAUUAGAAGAGUUGAUGGUUGCCAUCACCACAUCGGCUCUUCCCCCCUUUGAAAUAACUGGAAAAAUUUGUCGGAAAUCUCCUCCAAUAACAACAACCUUCUCUCCGAAUGGCCAAUUUUCAUUAUUCGGAUCACUCAGGCUCAUAAUAUCUUUCAAAGUCCUAUCUAAAGCCUCGAAACAAUGUAUGUGGAUUGGAUGGGAGGAGCCUCGCCUUGGGACUUACUUGAUUACAUAAGUGUUUGGCAUAUGGCGUGUUCGAAAAACAAAACGCCGCAAAAUGUAGCAUUUACCAUUAACGGCUUCUACCUGCGCAAUUAAUUCAAGGUCUUACACUCCCCUAUUCUCCUGUUCUCCACUUUGCAGACCUCCUUCCUUGUUCUUCUUCCGCAGAAGAAAGCUAUCACAAGCUUCAGAGAUGGGCUGAAAUUCUUCCUUACCUUUUGUCGCCCAGAUGCAACGCCGACUCCUCCGAGCUCUCGAGUUUUGUUCUCGACUACAGAGAUAGGCUGAAAUUCUGCCGCUCUGGGCUUUGUUCGAAGGUUGUGAAGCUAUGGGAGAGCUUUCGGACGUCGCCAUGAACGCUUGGCGGAUGGGUCGAUCCGACCCGAGAAAGGUCAUCUUCUACGCCAAGAUGGGCCUGGCGUUGAUGCUCAUAUCCCUGCUCAUCUUCUUCAAGGAGCCCAUGGAAGAGUUCAGUAAAUACUCUGUGUGGACUAUUCUUACUUUUGUUGUAAUGUCCCAGUUCAGUAUAGGUACUCUUAAUUUUUGUUUAUUGCCCGAUUUUUGUUUAAUGAAAUGUUUGCUUGAGCACCCUCUUUAACUUCCCAAAUCUUCCUGGUAGCUGAUGUUUGAUUGGA